AUGCAGAACUCGGCGUCUGCUGCCUCGAGUCGAACCACCCGAUCACAAUCGGCACGGCGUCAGCGCCCAGAGAACGCCUAUGGCAACCCCUAUGGCAACCCAUACGGUGCCACAUCAGCUCGGGGUCGCCGAAAGCGCGGCGCCAGCAACUUCGGCGAUUCCAGGUCCUCGUCGCAAAUUUGCGAUGAGCACGUACCUAAGCCCGAGCCUCCGGAGGAGCGGGGACCUUGGGUCAUGGCAGCUGGAAUGUUCGUUGCUGCGGCCAAGGGCAAUGGCACCGCCUCCUUCCAGGACCGCGGCUCGGCGGCUGCACCUCGAAAGCGCCCCGAGCUGGGACACCUCGUGCAGCGUCCGACGGUGACGGUGACGAGUGACAGCACUGAAGCCAUGCGCGCAGCACCUGGCUGGAUACACAAGGAGUGGACUGAUGAGGACCUUGAUCUUGUUAGCGCAGGCCAACCUGCCGCCAAACGUCGUAUCGGCGGAAUUACGCUGCUUGCGACGUGGCAGCUUAAGGACGACGUGAAAGUCGAUCCGCACUGUGUCAUCUGCCGGUUCCAAAUACGGAUUGCGCGAACAUCGCGACUUCCAGCAGGUGAGCAAGCCGUUUGGAAAGAAGCUCAGCCGUUCUUUUGUGUCUCUGCGGAGGAGGUGCAGAAGCAGUACAUGGCCUUCUUGUCUGAUUUCUUGCAGUAUGGGGAAGAGUACAUCGUCAGUGUGCGAGCUGGCUCAGUCGACAACUGGAGCGAGUGGAGCCCCACCUCGGAGCCCUUGCGCUUGAAGGCGCGGGACUUAGAGCCUCCAGACUUCGCGCGGUUCUGCUGCGACGUUCUCGCGCCGAGGGAAAGCGGGAUCCUGGAGAUCUUCCGCACCCGCGACCACGCGCUGCACUUCGCCUUCCCGGCUUUCAAGUCCUUCGACCCGAGGACCGCUCUUCCAGUGGAGUAUUGCAUCGAGGCUUGGCAAAGACCAGAUGAUGUUGGAGCUGCAGCCGCCGAGCAGCUACAGGCGCUGUCACGCUUGAGCGAUGGGAAGGGCAAGAUGCCCGGAAGUGGCCCUGACUGGGAGCAGUCGUCACCCAUCUUCGUCACCAGCGUCAAGAGUGACCUUGUGCAAGGGAACCCGGUCGAGUGUUCUGUCGACAUCCGCAGCACCGCGCUGGCGCAGAGGUCCCAGGUCUUCUUCAGUGUCCGUGCACGGUACUUGAGUCUGCCCGGCGAGACAAACUUCAGCCCAAAGCUGCUGUGGUCUGGCGCGCCGGUGUUCAUACCUGAGCUUGUCCCCGUGCUGGCUGCACCAGUGGCGCUGCCAAGCGCAGAUUGCGUGCCUGCUAGCCGAACAGCACCCCAAGGAGGAAUGGGGACAGCUGUCGUGCAGUGGCCCUUUCGACAUCCGGCGAACUUUUGCGGCACGGAUGAGAGUGGUGACUGGAUCAAAGGCCCCUAUGUGCCGAACUCCUCCCUCGAUGACUUUCCUCUGCCUUUCCGGCUUCAGUUCCGAUGCGUGGACUCGGCUCCGGUACGCCGCAACGAGUCCGCCGGGUUGAGGUGGUCUGAAUGGCGAGAGGUCGAAGCCUACGAAUUUGUUCGGCGACACCAACCAAAUCGCCACGGCUCGCAACGAGCAGCCCUUCGAUUGACGAGCCAGGCCCAGUUUGACAUCGAUGGCGGCCGCAGACAAGGUGAACUUGAAGGAGAUGUCUGCCUCGACCCGGCCCAGGACCCCUUGGGUGUUCUUGUGUCAGACGACUGGGCAGUGCUUGUCUCGGGCCUUGACAUAGCGGAAGAGUCCCCCGGAGCCGGCCUCACUCAGCUGCGCUGGGUGUCUUGCAGCGUGGAGGGCUCCGUGUCUGCAGCUUCUCGAGCACUCUGCAUCCAUGUCGCUCCACCCUGCACUCCAGUGUCUGUACAGCAUGUUGUGGUAAACUGCAGCUCCAGCAGUCACCGGGGUCUCGUGGACAUGCCGGAGGACCUCACUGGGCAGAUGCAGGACGAGUGGGUCGUCCAUGAGAUCCGCCAUGUUGCCCGCCUCUCCUGGCAAAUGGACUGGCGAGCGCCGUCUUUUGGCUUCAUCAGCAGGUUUCGGGUCCGGUACAAGGAGGUUCCACCUGGCAAGAAUGCAGAUGCCAUGCCGUGGCAAGAGCUCCCCAUCGUGCCAAUGCAAGAAGCAUCUGACGAGACUGACAUCGGCAAGCUUGUGGCUGGUGAGAACUACAUGGCAAACUUCAUGUACGACGUGACCUCCCUCCCGCUUCUGCGAUUUCAUCAUUACCUCUUCGCGGUGCAGGUUCGCAGUGAUGAGCAGUGCUCUUCCUGGUCACCUCCGUCGAAGCCGUUGCACCUCAUGCUGCCCGAGGUGGUCCCACCGCCGCUGGAGCAGGUGUCCACCAGCGAAGGUUCAGAUCAGGAGAUGUCACAGGACGAGAGCGUUGAUCAAAGGACGGACGCCGAUGAAGCGAAAGAGGAGCGUAGCGCCGAGGCCGAGCCCAGGAAAGCCAGCCAGGAGGAAGCCGAGGAGGAGGAGGCAAAGCAGGCCGGGGCACGAGACAGCGCGGAGGGAGGCGAGGAAGAGGACGGCCAGACAAGGGAAGAUCAGGGAGGGGAGGAAGGAGAGGCUGAGGAGGGUGAAAGCCAGGAAGACAAAGAAACACAGCAGAAAGCAACGGUCGACGACGAGGAUUCCGCUGGCCAGGAGGCUGAGGAGAGCGAAAGCCGGGAAGCCAGAGAGAGACAGCAGAAGGCGCCGGUGGAAGAUGGCGAUUCCGCUGGCCAGGAGACAGCAGCCCGUGUUCCGAAAGAGGCAGCACGACGAAAAAGAAGGCGCAGACGAACGAAAGCCGGCAAGCUGAAGCUGAUCGAUGCGGAGGUCUUGUGCUCUUCGAAGGAAUCAAGGGAAUGGCACAUCCAACUGCGCUGGCGGCCUUUCCCGCUCCAAGGUGACGGAGCUCAAGCGUUUCCCGCGCUGCUCACGCUGCCAUCAGAGUUUCAGGUGUCUUACUUCGUUUUGUCCGAGCGCCCCUGCGCCGAGGCUCAGGAAGAAGCUGCAGACUUUCUGCCUCCUUUUGUCCGUGGCUUCACUGCCAACGGUGACGGGCUGCUGGCAGCGCAGCGCGCUGAAUCAGUCGUUUGCCUGGAGGGAUCGAUGAGCCCCGGCGAAGAGGUGGUCUUUCGGCGGUUGCCCCGCAGUCGCCUCCCACCACUGCGCUGUGAUGUGCGACUUUUUGUGGUCACCCGCAGCAUGGCCAUCACCGGGCCGCAGUGGUCCCGUCAAGCGCUUUGUGUCGACCUUUCUCUUCCUCGGCAGGUGCAGCUGCCGUUGCCCGUCCCACAGCAUCUCAGCUGCUGGGACCUUCGCCGACGUGGCUUGCAGAUGGACUUGAGAAACGACAAAGACGCGGCUUUGGACACGUGCUGGGCCGCUGUUUGCCUGCCGAAGUUCGCGCGGGACCUCGCCCUUGCCGAGGGCGUGGAGGCCGAGGAUGCUGAGGAUCUGUUGAAUCUCACCUCAGAGAUUGGACCGGCUUCGCACUAUGUGCUUCAAUACAGGUCCUUCGAUCCUGCCGCGCCGUGCUCGAGUUCUUCUGCGCGGCCGUUGGAUGAGGAGUGCGACUGGAAAGAGGUGCCCGCCAUCCGGCGCUUGGACCUUGCAGCUGAUGUCGAAGAUGGCGCAGAACGGAUCUUCCUGGCAGCCGGACUUGACCCGCUGGUCGUCAGACGCGGUGCUGAGGCUGCGCAGGGCCAUGCAUGGGCGAAGUUCCGGCUGGCAUCGCGGCGCAUGAGCCACUUCAGCUACGCAUCCAUCGCAGCGCCUGUCUCCCCGCUCACUGCGCCGGCGAAGCCGGGCCUUGCCGUCCGGUGGGUCGACAGCCCCAGCUUGGAUGGCUUACAAAUCCAGGUGUCCGCAGACUGCGACGGUCUCAGCCAGGGCUUCCAGCUGCGGUUCCGACUCUCCGAGACCAAUCCCGACGAAGAGUCCUCAUGGACGGAGGGACCUUUGGUGCCGCUGGAGACGUCGGAAGGUGCUGUAAUCCAUGCCUUGGCACCGACACAUCAGCUCUCCUACCACUCUGAGUAUUGCUUCAGCCUCCGCAGUUGCUCCGUUUCCCGGUUCUCACCGUGGUCGGAGGAGUCAGAUCCUUUUCGGGUGUCCCUGGAGCAGUUUGGCAUGUGUCAGGACGAUGGCCUGCAAAUUUCCUUCCUGGGGCAAGGAGAGCGUCACAACUGUCGUUGUUCAGUGGCCGACGUGUCGUGGGCACCCCUCGCCUUCCCGGCUUUUGCCUGGUCUGCUGACAGUGUGAGUCCGUCUCCACCGAUGACGAUCGAAUAUCGAUUGCGGUGGCGUCGAAGGCUGGAUGCCUACAAUGAUGCGGCUGCGAUGUUUGCUUCGAUGAACGAGCUCCGGGACGUCUACUCUGCAGAGGAUGAUUGGACGGGCGCCCGCAAGGAGUCUGACGAAGAAGCGCGGCUGGUGGGGAUCAACCCUGUGAGGUUGAUGAUGCCCGAUCCUGACCAGGGAUUGCAGGACGUUGCUCUGCGUGGGUACCACGGAGACUGCACCAAGAGGCUCUUUGGAAGACCCGAGCACACUCCCUGGCAAACCGCGGCCAUUGUCAGCGCCAAGGUGGCGGGACCAAUGGCUGUUUCCAGGUGUGCUUAUGCUUUGACAUUUCUGGAGCCCGAUGCAGACUACGAGGUUGCCGUCGAUUGGCGCUGGCGCCGCUUCGGAGACAGCUUUUGGAUGCCCGCGCUUCAGAAGAGCUUCACCGUUCCUGCGAGACCGGCGAGCCCAGCAAGGCCAGAGCCACUGCGCAUCCUGCCAGAGGUGAUGGAUGCCCAUGAUGGUCUUCAAGCGCUCAUAGGGAGAGGUGCACGUGGCUACGGCCUCUUCCGGUGGCCCUUUGCCAAUCCGCCGUGCUCCGAGCAAUCCCAUCUCCCUCCACCGGAUGCACAGCUCACUCCGGAGCUGCGGGCAGACCCAGGACGCCACAGCUCCUUCGCCGUUCAGUGCCGUGCACGGCCAAGCGGUGGCUGGAAGACUUGUCAGGUGCACUUUCUGGAGAUUGCAGGCAAGCCUACCUGCUUCGUCGAGACUGCCGAAGCUAUAGCAGAGGAGCAGCAUGUGGGGGAGGCCGCGGACGAGCCGAAACCCACUACCCUGCCGCAGAUUCCGUCGCUCGAAGAUGACGAAGUUGAGUUCCGAAUCCUACGGCUGGGAGAUUGCCAGGCCUCCGAAGCAGUCUUCUACCCAGCGCCGCUGAUUGAAGCCCCGACGGCUGUAACGAGCAGGCUGAAGAUGCUCGGCCCCCACUCUGAGCUUGCCUUGAGCAUCAGCUUUCGCGGACUUCCAACAUUGGGCGCGGCCUCUGCUCCACAAGAGUACCAGGUGUUGAUUCAGGAGAUGCAAGGUCAACGCAUCGUGAAGGAGCGCAUCCUUCCACCAUCCCGGCUGCCGUUGCAGCGCAUCGCAGAGGCUUUCGGCGGAGCCAGACAACGCCCGGACUUUCUCGGCGCACGUGCGCAAUCACUCCAGGCCGAGCGCAGUGGGGGCGAGGCCCUGCAGAUUUUGGAGCCGCUAGAGUUUGAGCACCUGCUGACUCUCCGCGACCUGGUCUACGGGAAGAACUACCGCGUUGCGAUUCGAUGGCUGUCGCAAUGGAAGGUGUCGGCAUGGAGCGAGGCAACCGAUGCGACGAUUCUCUUCCCAGCUCCCACCUAUGCUGAAGAAGCAGAGCUCGCCCUCCAGUCUUUGGAGUCUUUCGACUUGAUGCCGCCCUUGGCCGGCGAGGAGUUCCAAGCGCCUGCGUUAUGGCAUCGUGUGGAGUUGGCUUGGGAUCCAUUUCAGGCCUCUCUCUGGGGAGGUGGGCAGCUGGAGUACCGCCUAGAGCGGAGGUCGUUGCUUCACGACCGGCGGCGUGACACAGGAGGAGAGAUUCUGCCUCCUCGCGACGAAGAAGACCUGGAAGUUUCGAAGUGGGAGCUUUUGGGCACUGUCGUGGCUGCUAUUGAAGACGGCAGCGGAAAGGGGGCAAAGCAGCUGACAAAUCGUCCUGGAGGGGGACCGCCGCUUGAAAUUGGCAGGUCCAACGUGGAGGAGGAGCUUCCGCGCCGGACCCUGGCCAAGAAGGUGCUGGAGAUGACGUAUCUCUCACACGCAGAUGCUUGUGAUCCGUCCUUUGCCAGGCGGCGGGUGGCAAAAGCUGUGUGCCGAGAGAUCUUCGCGCGGAUCUGUGGAACGGGUGAAGGCGUUGUGCAAAAAAAGGAUGUGGAUCUCCCCGUCGACCCUCGCGAUUCGACACUGAUGUUCCACGCGGAGGAGCUGCUGCCUUCGGUCACCUACCAGUUUCGUCUCCGUGCGCGCCUGGCUUUCCACCCCGCCUCUGAGCACGAAGGCGAAUGGUCGAAGCCGUUGAUUUCAAAGUGGUACCGCCCGGAGGAAGAAGUGGUCCAGAAUCCGGCGCCGCCGCGUGAGGCUGUUGCGCCAGAUCCGCCCCCACAAGAGCUCGUCGAAGAUGGCUCCGUCGUCUUGACCUUCGACCAUCUUCCGAUCCGGCAAGACGAGCGUCCCCUUGGCUGCUCGCCUCCGCCGGCCCCCUUCCAACUGCAGUUUCGCUCUGCGCAGGCAAGCAGCACUGCAGAUUGGCUGCCGGUGGAGUGUCUCCCUCUGCAUGGUGACGAGCACAAGAUUCUGGUCUCCGAUGCCCGCUUGAAGAAGCACACUGAAGAUGGUGUGGUCUUCCGUCUCUGGCGCGCGGGGCUCCCGCCGUGCAGCAGUCAUGCUGUCAAGGACGAUGCCCGGGUCCGUCAUUUCAGUGGCCUGACAUCAAUGCCGUCGAAGGCCAUAGCGAUCGCCUGCCCGACCUUCGACCUUCCGCCUCGUGCAACCUUGGUUUUCUGCGAAUCUUCGGACCUUCACAGAGAGGGGGAGGCUGCCGAAGACCCUCCACUGGCUGCAAUGCUACGAUUGGAGUGGAAGGUCCACGUGCCUCAGAAUUCGUUGCUCGAUGAGGUGCAGCGGCACCAGGUGCGCUUCCGCCGGGUUCAUCCGCCACCCGCAGUCGAUGAUUGGCAAGAGAUGGCCCCCUUCCUGCAGUUUGUCCACGCAGAGCACAGCUCGCAGAUUGUCCGGGACACUCCUUUGGCAUCGCCACAUUUCCUCUUUGGAGCAAAGUACGAGACCUGCGUCCGCAUCGGAACUGCCCUGCGCUGGGGCGAGUGGUCUUCACCGGAAGGCGUCAGCCUGGAAAUGCAUCCGCCUCAGCCGGCUGCUUCUUCUGAGUUGGCCUUGGAAGAGCAGCGGCUGGAGGAUGGUGCAACUUUCUUCCGACUGACCUGGCCCGCUUUCGAUGCGCAUCCGCUUUGCAACCUUGUGGAGUAUCGCAUCCGAAUGCAGCGCAUGUCGCGGUUUAAGUACCAGAGCCGCCUCUCCCCGGAGAUGGCUGCCAGGGCCCAGGAGAGUUUGGCUGCACAAGAGAAGCUCUAUGUGGUUGGCACCAUCCGCCGACGAGUGCCGCAGAAGUGCGGCCCUGCGCUUUCCUUCCGACAGUACUACCAGGAGAACGACCGAGAGACUCUGGAGUUCGUGCACAGCCUGCCCGGAGAUCCCGAAUGUGCGUAUCGCUUCUUUGUCGAUGCUAAGCACGAGCGCUUCUGCGAAGUGGACGGUGCCCCGGAGGGCGCGGCCGAGGAGCAGUUUGCAAAGUUCCCGAUGGAACAAGAGGAAUGGUCCGCUGCCUUGACAAGUCGUGAGUCUCUGGUGCCUCCGGCCCCGACGAAUUGGCUUGUGCCCGAGCAGGUCCCCUUCGAUGCUGAUCCAGAUCCGAAGUGCGUGCGUUCCACAUACCCUCUGGCUCUGACAGCAUCCGUGUUGGAACGUCUGGAUGGUGCGAACCCCGCGUCUCAUCACCUCUGCCUCUUCGCGCCGUGGAAGAUCAGCGAAGAGGCAGCGCGCUGGCCUUACCGAGUCGAAUAUGCGCCAUACCUUCCAAGCAUGAAUGGAGGCCGGCUGCCAGUUCCCGGCGAUGUGAGUGAGGACCGAAUUGAUUGGUAUGCUCCCGACUCGGUAGAGUACGUUUACGAGACCGCCGGAAGCCAGCCGGGAUCUGGAGGACGAGGACCGAGCCGAGCUGCAGUUGCCAUUGCGACGGGCUUCGACCAUGCCUUGUGGGACAGCGCAAUCGAAGAGCUGGGCUUGCACCAAGAGCAGACGAAGGCCUUGGGGCUUUUUGCUCGAGUGCGUGUUGUGCGUGAAGGAGGCCCGGAAGGAAUGCAGUUCGUCUCAAGUCCAUCCCGGCCACUGCGACUCUUGAUGCCGCCCUUGGAAUGUCCGCCGAGCGUGACCGUUUGGAGCAGCAACGGGCGUUUCGUCCCGCUCCUGUGGUGGCCCAGCAUUCCAGCGAAAUGUGCCGAGACAGACAAGAAUCUGGAGAUGUCCGGACAGAUGCACCAGGUGCGGAUGCGCCGGCCGGCUUAUCAGCACGACCGUGGCUGGGUCGAGAGCCAGGUCAGGCGAACGCUGCCACCUGUGACGGUGCAGAGGUCUCAAGACGGAGCACCAGCACCUCAUGCUUUCGACUUGUGCCAAAUUCUUGAUGACGCCGCCGUCGCAGAGGAGAACCAAAGUUGGAAUCUGCCUCAUCAGCCUUUGGGUGCUUCCCGGGCAAAGGAGGCAAUGACAUACGAGUUCUCGGUGCGGGUCAGCGAUGGAUAUCGCUGGAGCGACUGGUCCGCCCCGUCAAGGCGCUGUUGCUUUGCGAUAGAGCCUAAGAUCGUGAAGAAUGCACCGGUGUCGCUGGAGGAGCUGCAGAGGAUCCUUAUCUCGGACCCGCUCAUGGUUGCUUCAGCGGAACAAGUGGACCUCUUUGAACCGCUGUCAGAUCAGAUUGCAUUUUCGUCAGACGGAGACAUGGAGCCGCCUCAAUGGGUUUCCGUGUCGCGGCCGCCUCUGCAGCAGGACUCCGACGUGAUUGUCGCCACCGCCAGAAUGGGCCAGUUUGUGGCUUCGUGGCCCAACUUCUCUCCUCAUGCCUACAGUCAGCCAGAUGCAGGGGAACUUGAUGUUUUGGAGCAAAUCCUGGAGACACGCAGCUUGCCACAAUUCGUUCCGCCGCGGCUGCUCUAUCGUCUGAACGUUUGGCUGGUGGGUCCAUCUCCAGAUUCCCCAGAGUUGGAGCAUCAGGGCAGAAUAUUGUCACACGAGGACGAUGUCAAGGCAGGAGACCACGAGCCGGCUGAUCUGCUGUACCGACAAUUUGACCUGCCUCCAAGUGCCUUUCCGGAUGGAAAUCCAACAGUCACGACGAUGAAGUGGUGCCUGCCGGCCCUUCUUCCUGACAAGAUCUUCCGCUGUUCGGUGGAAGCUCGCUUCGAGACAAACACCUCUGUGCAUUGGUGGACUCCACUGAUGAUGUCGGAGGAGUUUGUCGUUGAGCGUAUGCCUCCGCCAGCGCCACCUGAGCUUGCUCCGGUUGCGGAGCUGCCAACGCCACAACUCCAGAAACUGCUGGCUCGCCGUGCCCCGGGUUCGACGACCUACCUCGUAGUGCGAUGGCCUUGGUCCGUUCAGGGCCGACCAGUGGACAUUCUGCGCGAUGCCUGCCAUGCUCUCGAGUUCUGUCCAAGUGGGGCGCGGCAGUCUUUGAAAGAUUCAAGCGCCAAGCCAUUAGAUCCCAAGGGCGAGACCGUCGUCCUUGGCCGUGCUACCGGGCCAUGGAAGGAGCCGAAGGCACAACAAGUUUGUUUCGCCAACUUCGAGAAGGGCGAGGUCUGGUUUGAGCUUCCGGAAGAUGCAACCGUCGAGCCCAAUUGGGUACCGCUCUUGGUGGCGAGUGGGCUCUGGACCUCAAGCGACCAUGCUAGUGAGCCGCAUUCUGUCCACCUCCGCUGGAGAUUGAAAGCAGGUCCCUCGGACGUUGCCGUGACCAGCGCUGCACUGCACUACAGCGCUGCCACGGGUCCGGUGCGAACGUUCGUGGGCUGUCCAUCGGCUUCAUCCCUCCACCUGACGGUGCCGCAGCGCAUGUCACGCCUUGCGGGUUCUUUGCGUUGGACUGCCUGGGAAGGUGCUGUGAAGCAUCAAUUCUGCUACCGCCUGCUCUCGCAUCAGAAGAAGCGGAAGCGAGGCGCAGCGCUGCAGACGCUGAAGUCGACUGUCUCAGAGGACUCGGAGUCUUCCGACUACACCGAAGACGGAGGGCUGUCAAGCAGCCCGCUCCCGCAGGCCUCACAUCUGCAAGCUGUUACGGGAUGGCUGGAGCUGCCCCCGAUUUCUGACGAUGUGAAGCGGUUGCGCCAGAUGCCUGAGGCAGUAGGAAGCGAAGCGGAGCUUCUGGGUGAGCCAGAAGAAGCUUCGUGCCUCGCGGAAUUUACUCGGCGUCUCUCGCCCAUGGAGUGGCAGCGGCUCGCCUGGCGUCACUAUCACCAGCGGCAGGAGGAGUUCUUCGACCCCGGCGAGCGGGACCGUGACGGCGAGUCGACGAUGGAGCUUACCAGUCAGUUCCAGACGUCAAUGUCAGUCAGAAGCACACCGAGUCAGGCUGCCGCUGACUUCCCUGACGCCAGGCAGUCGAUGAUGUCUACAGGCAACAGCUCCUCGAAAUCACGUGCUGACAAGAAGGAUGUUCCCUUCCGCCUUCGCUCAACUCACAGCGUGGAGUGGCGGGUGCGCGUGUCGGACGGCAUUCGCUGGUCAGACUGGUCUGCACCGUCGGAGCCUGCCGGGAUGGUGCCACCCAUUCCAACACUCUCAGGACCGGUCCGGUUGUUCUUCAAUCGCCGUGAGCCGACGAUUCUUCGAGUGGUCUGGAGCGGUUGCGAGCCGCUCCAGGGAUACGAGCAUCUGAUGGACAGCAUCGAGUACUUGCUGUAUCUCAGCAUUGACGAGGAGAGUGGGAGCCAGUUCAUCCAGGAGGAAGGCAACUUUGAUGUUCAGAAGUUGCACAGACGCGGGGUAUACCUCUCAGAUGGCUCUUCUGGAUGCCUCCUUCCCUUCGAAGAGGAAGGGAAGGAGACUCCGAAGUUCGACUUCGAGAGCGUUUUCUCCGAUAAGAGCCAGAAGCGCCUUCUGGGCAAGUUCAGGCAGAAAGAAAUCAGGACAGUCCGUGCCGACAGCGCUGACGGCGACGAUCAGUCGGCUACUGUCACAGGCUUCGACCUGAUGGUAAGUGGGUUGAAACCCCACUGCUUGCACCGCAUCUCGGUGUGCGUGCGCUGCGCGGUGGAGGGUUUGCCGGAACCGGAUUGGCAGCGAUUGAAGUUGGAUCCCACACACCCUCUGCGAUGGAGCGACCCCGUCCACAGCUCUCCUUUGCUGACACCACAGCGAAGACCACCUCUGCUGGUUCCAGAACUGGUUCCGAUUCCAGAAGCUCGUUUUGGGCGAUUUCAACACACGCCCUGCAUCCUUCUGAAGUGCGCAAUGUUUGCAAAGACGAACAAGAACGACGCAGACAAGGAUCACAGUGUGGUGAUCGACUGUCGGCCUGCCGGUGGAACUGACGAGGACUACCGGGUGGUUCCUUUGGAGAACUCGGUCUUCUGCCAGCCCGCAGAGCACGGACCCUGUCGCUUGGUCUACAACCUGCCAUUUCUCCGAGCCGAGAUACGGACGCGGAAUGUGGUCAUGAACGAUGUGUCUGCCGCAAGCAUUCCAUUCUUCGCGGUGCCGCCCCUGACAGUUCAACAGGCUAAAGGGCCGUCGAUCCAGAUUGUUGAGGGCAAGGACGGCAAUCUCUUUGUCCGGGCGGAAUGGACCUCGCGAUGUUUGCCGGAUCAGCAGCCGGUCUCCGUCCAGAUCGGAAUUCGUCGACAUGCUUUGGAUCAAUCCUUGGCGGAGCAGCCGAGCCAAGCAGUGACCGCUGCCAUGCGCCUCGAGGAGCUUCCCACAAGUCGACUUGCUCUCUCCCAGGCCUUCGAACCUCUCAUGGUGGAUGCAGAGACACGGUACCGGAACCAGGGCGGAGUGAUCCGGGACGAGUCGCCCUACUACUGCAAGCACUGCUUCCAGCCCAUUCAGCGCCAGGCUGACAGCAGGGAAAGUGAAGAGGAACUCGGGCCCUUUGCGCAGUCUUGGCUGGAUUCGGUGCAAGAAGUGCUAGAAGAUUCUGCGGUGGCCGCCCAUGAAAUUGCCGCGUGGAGUGGCUCUCACGAUCCGACCAUGCUGCGGGCUCCGCAUGCCGUGGAGGUGGAGAAGCGACUGCGUGAGAAAGCCGAGCCUUGGGAAGACAUCCGAAAGGCCAAGCCUCCCUGCAGCUGUCGCGACGUCUUCUGCCGCAAGGACUUGCCAGUCGAUGGAGAGACUCUGGUCAUUGGCACCGUCUACACCUUCCGACUUCGUGUCUAUGACGGCUUUCGGUGGUCACCUUGGACGGAGCAUUGUCCGGCGGUGCAGGUGCUGAGGCCGCUACUGAAGGACAGCCUUCCCGCUACGCCUACGGCGGGCCUGGCGGGUGAGGACUCUCAGUUGGAAGGAAGGAAUGGGUUGGAUGGCAGGUUCCAAACAGAGAUGGGCCUCGAAGUCGAAGCACGCUUUGGCAGUCUCCUCUUCAAGGGCCAGGGGGCGAUUCCCGCCGGCUCGCCCGAGAAGGUCGUCCUUGAGGCUGGGGCAGUCAGCUUCGUCGACGAGCAUCGGAAUCUCCCGAAGGCCACACCUCUCUUGACGAACCCUGGCGGUGACCCAUGGCCAAUUGGUGCCGAGCCGAAGAAGUUCAUCAUGAGGACAAAGGCUCGAACCGUCUAUGCAGAUCGCUUGCCCGACAGCGUGAGCCACGACAACGACAUCGACCUAUCCCUGCCGCCGUCAUUCCCCGAGGACCGGCCGCACAAUGAUGACUUCAGAGAGGAUCCCCUGGACCGGAAAUGGCGCUGA